GCACAGCCACAGGACUAUCCCCUCCCGCAUCCCGGUGGCACAGGAUUCCUCUUGUUCCUUCUCCUUUUUUUUUUUUUUUUUUUUUUUUUUUCCCACCUCUCUUCAUCACUCUAAACGGGUCGACUUAACUGUUAUUAUUCCGUAGUUAUUUUGCUACCUGACUUUUUCGUAUUGCUUCUUUUUUUCUCCCCCCUUUUUUAUUUGAAGGCUUGCUAAGACUUUUUUUUUUUUUUUGAGAGCCUUAAAAAAAAAAAAAAAGCAAGGAAGGGAAAGAAGCCAUCAAGAGACUGAAAAGAGCAAGAGAAAGUGGCAGCUGAGAAGGACUGUGAAAUCACCUCCCCUUUCUUGGAGUGUCGAUCAGAACGAGAGUUGUACAUUAUUAUUAUUGUUUUUCUUUCUUCGUCUGUCUGUCCACAUACACAGGCAGAAAAAGAGACAAAUACUGACAGUGAAACUCGACGAGACCAGCCAUGGUAGCAAGGGCUCAGCCUGAUCGGAAACAAUUACCGCUGGUCCUACUGAGAUUGCUUUGCCUUCUCCCUACAGGGCUGCCAGUCCGCAGCGUGGAUUUUACCCGAGGUACCGAUAACAUCACCGUGAGGCAAGGGGACACAGCCAUCCUCAGGUGUUAUGUAGAAGACAGAAGCUCUAAGGUGGCCUGGUUAAAUCGUUCCGGCAUCAUUUUUGCUGGAGAGGACAAGUGGUCCCUGGACCCUCGAGUAGAGCUGGAGAAGAGAAACCCCCUUGAAUACAGCCUGAGGAUCCAGAAAGUGGAUGUCUACGAUGAGGGGUCCUAUACAUGUUCAGUGCAGACACAGCAUCAUCCCAAGACUUCCCAGGUUUACUUGAUCGUGCAAGUUCCACCAAAGAUCUCCAAUAUCUCCUCGGACAUCACCGUGAAUGAGGGCAGCAAUGUGACCCUGGUUUGCAUGGCAAAUGGGCGUCCUGAGCCUGUCAUCACCUGGAGGCACCUCACUCCUACAGGCAGAGAGUUUGAAGGUGAGGAGGAGUACCUGGAGAUCCUGGGGAUCACACGAGAGCAGUCGGGCAAGUACGAGUGCAAAGCUGCCAAUGAAGUUGCCUCAGCAGAUGUCAAGCAAGUCCGGGUCACUGUGAACUACCCUCCCACCAUCACAGAGUCCAAGAGCAACGAAGCGGCCACUGGACGACAAGCCUUACUGCGGUGCGAGGCAUCAGCAGUGCCCACGCCUGAUUUCGAGUGGUACAGAGAUGAUACCAGGAUAAACAGCGCCAAUGGUCUGGAGAUAAAGAGCACGGGGAGCCAGUCUCUGCUGAUGGUGGCCAAUGUCACUGAGGAGCACUACGGGAACUACACCUGCGUGGCCGCCAACAAGCUGGGAGUCACAAAUGCCAGCCUAUACCUUUACAAACGAGUUUUACCCACACUCCCCAAUCCUUUUCCAGGACCCGGCACAGGGAGAGUAGACAACGGCUCCAUGAGUUUGGCCGUCCCACUGUGGCUUCUGGCAGCGUCCCUGCUCUGCCUACUCAGCAAAUGUUAAUACAAAUCAGAAUUAAAAUAAUAAUAUUAAUAAUAAUUAAAAAAACAACACGACAACAACAACAACAACACACAAAACAAAACGCGUUAUACAGGAGACAGAGCGAAGAGAGGGGAGAGAGAAAAAAGGGGGGGGGGAGAGAGAGACGACUGUUUCUUUCACAACUUUUGUGUGUUCAGAAGCGAAGAGGGGGGAGAGGAAAAAUUACAGCAAAGAAGACUCAGCAACAUUUAAUCCAAAACCUGAAAAGCCGGCUGUCAAGUCAUCGACUGCCUAGUAGGCAACACGAAGCGAGGGAGAGAAUGGGGCACCAGCAAGGAUCGUGUCACCAGAGGAUGCUGCAAUGUAAACAAUCCAACAAAACCUGCAAAGCCAAUCAAAAAGAAGAUCCCUUUUCUUUUCUCUCCUUCCUCUUUUCCAUACUCCCUCACUUUCCUUCCUUCCUCCUCUUUCUUUCUUUUGCAGAAAGAGGUCUUUGCUUCGGUGUCUAUAGCCAUUUAACUUUUUGGAUGCCCUGGGUCAUUUUUGUGAGCUAAUGCUCCACCAGUUCAUACUUUUAAAAACAAAUUUAAAAAAAAAAAAAAAAAGAUAAAAGAAAAAAAAAUAGCCACAAACCAGAGCAAGUCACCUGAAGCUCUCUGCACACUGGUGUCCUGUGAAGAACUCCUUCCUCUCUUCACUUCACCCUGCACUCAUGUGCACCCAGCCCUUGCUAAACACCUUAUUUCCUGUCCCCUCCUUCAUGCAACAUCACCCCCACAGGCCUAAUCUAAAGCUGUGUCAACUCCACUGAAAGCCUACUUUUCUUUUUUUCCUUUUAAAAUCCUCUUCCUUCCCCCCCUCUCAAUUCAACCAGGUGUCUUUCUCUUUCUCCUGUGUAUGCCUGUGUGCGUGCGUGCAUGCAUGUGUGGCUCUUGCUCCGUCUUCACUCUUUCUCUCUUUCUCUUGCUCUCUCUAAGCAUGCAAAAUGAACAGUCCAUGUGUACAUACGCUCAUCCUGUUGUAGAUAAUGUCCUGCCUUGUAAGUGUGAGACAAGAUGCAGAGAGAUCACUUAGGCAGAGAAGAGGGGUGAGGAGAGAGGGGCAGCUACAAAACAGGUUCACAUUGUCCCCCCUCUCCUGUGUCCUCACUGGCUUUUUGUCUUCUGGCCACCUUGCUUGCAAGAGUCAGUCUGCACCGUUGUCUAGGCUUUUUCUCCUCUCCUACUUCCAACCUGUUUGGCUCUCAGCCUCCAAGUACCAGCGUAGCAGCUCUUGCUAUGCAUGAGUGCUUGCACACACGCAUGGGGGUGUGCACUCAUGUGCAAUUGUCCAAGCAAGCAGAAGAAACCAGGACUGGCCUACAACACUAUGGACUGAAGAGUGCAGUCACCAUUCCUCCUGGGGAUGGGAGGCUGGGCCGGUGGGAUGUGAGUGAUGAGACCUUGGAUGUCACCAAGCAGCCAUUCCUUUUAGGUGCAGUGUGCAUAGGAGCGAUACCUCAACAUGAAAACCACAAUCUGGUCGUUCUAACCAUUUUGGUAGACAUGCAAAAAUAGAGCCAAUACCCUUUUUUGUUGCUUUGUUGGUUUUGUUCUUACUGUCCUCCCCAGUAUAAAAGGAAAUGUAGGCUGUGUAAGGGUGAGUGUGUGUAUGUGUGCAUGUGUGUGUGCUGUAUACCACUGCUAUUACAAAACUCACUGCAAAUUCCACGUUUGAAAGAAAUUGGGUCAGAAAAUAUCCAGGACCUGCGAAUGUAAGAAAUAAAACAAAUGUCAGGUCCAAAAUCCUGGGUUUACAAAGAAGGAGCUUAAAAUGAUGCAGCGAAGAAGUGGGCAGCACAAUUUCCCCUGCUCUUCUCUUAUCUCAAGGGUGCUGGUCUUGCUGGAGAGUGCCCCACACUUCCCAUGUGGUAGAAUCACAUACAGAGGUGCCAACAAGAGAGGCUUUAGUGGUUCCCAAGAGAGGAGGCAAGAAAAAGCUGUGAGAAACUGGGCUGAGAAAAUGCUGGGCGGUGGCUGGAAUUUGCAACACCAGCACAAGGUCUGCUGCAAGAGCCAGAGUGAGCAGGGGCUGCACUGCCUGUGUGUGGGUCGGGGCAGUGGUGAGAAGACUCCUGUGUCCCCUGGCCUGUCACAAGCCAUAGUAUCUACCAGCAGCAAAGAUGAUAAAACACGGGGUUUAUCAGGGGGGGCUUUGUUGGAGAAAGAGGUGUGCAGGGGAGAGCUUGAUUUAGCCCAGUGAAGUCGAGUGACCCUCCCAGGACAGCAGAGUGUUUUACAGGUGCUCAGCCACUCAGCUUUCCAGCAGCAGCCAGGUUGCUCCUCUGUCUUUGCCCUGGGCACUGGGGCAGUGGCAGCACGCUUGGCAGCCGUGCCCACAUGCAGGCAAGGGGGAAACAGCUUGGCCUUGCAGAGUGUGGGAGGAGAUCCCCGCCAGGUGGUCCCCAGCCGGGAAGGAAAGUGGGAAUUGCUGCCUGCGAGCCCGUCUCCACCUUGGCGUGGGUGGGGCACAGUCCAGUGAGGCUGCUGCCUUGCACUGCGGCACUGCCAGCGCUGCUGAGCUCAGCUCUCCCAAGAGAGCAGGCAGGCAAUUAAGCAGGCAGUCAAGGGCUCCUCCCAGGCAGCCAGAAGUGCAAGGAAAUUUAUUAAAGAGACACAUGAGAGGCUGAAGUUUGGGCAUUGCAGGGUUGGAUGGUGGUUGUUUAUGCUCCUCCAGACCACAAAGCCAUACCUGCAAGUUGCAAGUGGGCAGCUGGUGCUUGAAAUCCAUCCAAGAUAUCCAGGGAUGGCUCCCUUCCUCCAAAAUAGGGCAGUCAUUGGUGGGACUUGGGCAUUUCCUUUGGAGACUGGUGUGUGUCAGCCCACAAAAAAAAAUGCCCUGCAUCCUUCAGAGCAUUCAGACAUGCCAGUCCUCGUGCCUGACUUUCAGGAGUGUCAUAGAAUUGAGUCUUAGUAACAAGUCCAGCUUUUCUGCUGCAGCAGGCCUCCUCUUUCCCCUGGUAUGGCCCUGAGCUGAUCCUGGUUCCAGGAGCCAGGUCUGGGAGCUGCACCCUUUCCUGCACACUGGCAUAAGGGAAAACACCACAGAGCUGUUUCUCGGGGCUGUACCUAUGCCUGGAUUUAUUGCCACAGGAUUUUUUGUUGAAAAACGCGGGCAGCCUGCAGUGUCCUGCUGUGACAGGCUGCUCCUAAGGGCUGAGUCAAGCCCACUUUAGGUUCUUUGAUGUCAACCCGGUUGCUAUGGUAGCACCUAUUCUCUGCAUGUGUUUUUGUCACUGUGGGGUCACUCCUAGGCACUGGGGUCACACACAUCAGACCCCUGUGGUGUGGCGGUGGUCAUCAAGUCCUGGCACCUCAUUAUCUCAUGUGUGUUUUGGUUCAAAGGAAUUUUGAGGGGAUGUUUUUUUUAGAUGUCAAGGCAUAUGGUAAAAAGGGAGAUAACUCACUAAAAGCAGGACGCCCAUUUUUUGAAACCAUCUGCCCAUUAGUGGGGGAAAUGGCCCCAGCUCCCGUGGUGGGAUCUGGUCUUUCCUGCAGGCCCUGAGCAGAUCUUUGUCUCUGUUGCAUGGCUGUGAAAUAGGGUGAAAGCCAGUUAAUUGCAGACCUCUCUGAGAAAAUUCACCAACACCAAGUAUGCCUGUUGUCUGCAGAAGUGCUGGGAACCCCACUCCUGGCAAUGUCUUUUCCUAGGGAAAUUGUGGGUAGGUUGGAGCUUGAUUUUCUCCAAGAAUCUGAUCCUGUGAGCUGCAGUGUGCUUCACAGGGUGCUGUAAAAAUCCCCCUGUUUCUCCUGAACUUUUAGAGACUGCUCAAAGCACCUGUUCAGAGGUGAUCCCAGAUAAAUAUAGGAAACACAGGCAAGGUCUAAUGCUUUUUCCCAUUCUUCCUCUGCUCCAUCCUCUGAUGGAGAUGUUGCAAUGGCUUUUCUUGUGUCUCAGGCCCUUCUCUCUGAAACUCUUUCUCCUCAUCAUCUCUCUUCCCCAUUUGCAUUGCUAUCUUUCUCAUCACCUCCCAAAAAGCUGUGUUCGUGCUUCCUGCUGCCUCUCAGCUGGUUGGGGACCAGGGAAGGUGGGUGUUUGGAAUGGGACACCAGUUCCUUGAGCUUGUCAGUGUAAUUGUGUUUGAUUGAUGGAGAUUUAACAUUUAGUGUUAUAAAAAGAUAUGAACAAAAUGGACAAAAAAAUUGUAUUUCUUCUACUGGUUUGUAAAUAUUACAAGAGUUACACGAGAUGUCUGGUAAUGUCAAAGCAGAGGAACAAAAACUUAGAUUUCAUAUAUGGCCCCAUAAUUGCUAGCAGAUUUCUAACCCUUUUCGGAUGACCGAGAGGAGGGGUGAAGGCAAGUCUUUCUGGAAGGAACUGGACAGGGGAAAUGCAGCCACCCCGAGCCACAUGAACUCCAUGCACGACUGUGGCAUGUUGCUUGGAGCGUGUGCCUGGUGAGAUGGAAAGCGAAGCAAACGCCUGUCUCUGAACGGCUGGGAAGAGUGAUGUGGGAUGCUCCAGCCGACCAACACCUGUACCUUGGCAGUUGUGUUCAUUUCUGUUUGUUUGCAGCCCCGCACUCGCGAGCUCAUUGCUCAGUGAUGCACCCUCUCCUCCUGCCCCGUACCCGCUUCCUUCACCAGUGAAGUUGUGUCGCCCCACGCUAGCCCCGAGUGCAUGUGAACGUGCCAUUCAUGGAGAUCUCAUUGGUGACAUGCAUUGUGUCAAGAGUUAGUCUUUGUCUGCACAUCUUUCUCACACCACUGACUGUUCACCACUUGGGCAGAUCGCUUGUGCACUGCUGCCUGCCCCACUGUUGGUCAAAGAACAUCCAAGCCCCACCAGCUCUUCUUAGCUCCAGGUGCAUCCAGACCAUGCCCCCAGGCCACCUGUCUGAGCAACCCCGUUCUGAAAGUCCAGGAACACAGCAUGGAUAAACCCACCAUCAAAAGCCAUGUGGUCUCCAGGCUGAGUGGAAGCUACACAUCUGGAAGGAAUUUGGGGGAGCAGCAGAAAGUCCUGAUGAAACAAGAGGAUCUGGGAAGUUGGAGUUAUGCUAGAAUCCUUCACAGACCCACCAGCAGAUGAUAUUUCAGCUCAGCUUUUGUGCAGUGUUUCAUCACUUUACCAUUCCCUGGUGAGGGUAUCUGUGGGUACAGGGAAACACCUCGUCUCCUCCCAACCCCUCACACCUCUGCUUCCUCUCCUCCAAGCAUGCUGACCUGCAGCACAAAUCAUCAUGGUGCUUGAUGUGAUGUAGCAACUGACAUGGGGGAUGGCUGACCAAGACAGUAUGGCAGAGGAGGUGCCAGGGGGGUGAGCAGCUCUCUUUUUCUCUCUCUCUCUCUCUCCUGAUGGUGCACAAUCUAACUGCUUCUCUGACUCAAGGACACAAAACUUCUUGAGUUAGGGAUGCUGGGAGCAAACUGUCCUGUGGGAAGAGCAAAACUUGAGGCAGGGAAGUGAUGGAGAAGCUGGAUGGUAAUUUCCAAAAUGUGAUGCCGGUGGAAAAGGGUAGGGAUGAGUGCUGUCCAUCAUCCAUGCACAGAACUCUCAGGUUCAUCAGUGAGGAGACCGUGGCCUCUCAGCGCUAAUCUUAGAGUGGCUUCAUUUCCAGUGGGAUGCCCAGAAGAUGAUUUUUUUUAAUUGCAUGACUUUGCUGACUAAGAGCUGUGUCAUACCACUAAAACCUCUUUCACUUUUCCUUCUUGUAACUUGCUAGAACAGUGAUUGGGCAGCUCCCACAGCCCCCAAAAUUUUGCCUAAUGGUUGGCUUCCAUUAGGGCAACAUAUGGUGCUUGCUUGUUGGUUCACUCACUGUAUGGGGAGCAGAACUCAUCUAGGUGAGAGUACCUUGGUGUGGUCCUCUGUGCCUCUGUGGUCCAAGGUGAUGGAGUGAGGCGAGGAGACCUGCCAAGGCAGGCCUUGGGUGAGAGAAGCAUCUCUCCUCAUCAGCCCAGGCAGGUGGGAAGCAAAGGGUCCUUCACUUGCUGCAGGCUUGGGUUAGCUGGUGCCACAGCAACUGCCCUGCAAGCCUUGUAGAAGUGCCCAGGCAGUGGAGAAGGAGGGGGCAGUGACAGGGGGACAUGACUGCAGCACAGGUGGUGGGGGCUGCAUGAGCAGCAGGGCUCCUUGGGAAGCGGCAGAGAUUGCAUCCCAGGUGGGCCCUUCUUUCCCUGCCUGUCCUCAUGGUGCAUCAGGAGCUCCCUCCUGGCCUCCCAGGGCAUGCUCACCAUGCAGCAAAAUGGGCCUCAGUGAGUAAAGCAGUGUGACACCACGGUGGCCCCAGCCGUGUCCUGAGGAAAGGCGUGUGGAUGUUUCUGUUCGUAACAGAGGGCUGACGGGUAGAGACGAGGAGCAGGGCCUACCUAGGAGCCAGCCAGUGAGGAGAGCACAUCCCAGGCGGGGCUGUCCUUCUCCAGAAUUGUGCCAUUUGCUCACCAUGCGGCCACACACAGGCGCAUACGCACACGCCCGCCAGCCCCAGGCGCACAGCUACAGGAGCGCUCCUGGGGCACAGCUACUGGAGCUCUCCUUCCCCACACCUCCACCACGCACAGCCAGGCUCUGUCUGUGACACACAGCUACGCUGUGACCUCCUGAGCAGCCAGGAGAAGGCGUGUGUGUGCCUGUGCCUGUGCCUGUGCCUGCGGGAGCACACGUGCGUGCCAGGAAAGGGAGGAGGGGACACAGAGCAGGAACUUGCCUCCAUGGUGCCACCUCCCAGAAUCAUUCAACCUUCCCGGCUGGAGCCAAGAUUCAUCCUCUAGACCUUGAGAAUGAAGGCCAGUCCCUUCUUCUUGCUACACGGUGGGGUGGUUAGAACUCUCCUCAUUAACAGUGUUAUAUACAUAUAAAUAUAUAUAUAUAUCUAUAUCUUUAUAUAUAUUUUUCCCCAGCACUGUAGACAUGAGCUGAACUUCUCUUUAACGAAACGAGAAAAUGGCCAUUUUAUUUUUUGCCAUUGUUUUGGUUUUGAAAGUAGCUCUGUGAAAGAAAAUUUUAAAAGCGCAAGUGUGUGUGUAAAAGAGCCAAUCAAAAAAACUAAACAACCCAAUGAACAAAUGAUCAAAACCCAGUGAUGGAAUAAAAAAAAAAAAAGAAGCUUUUUAUUUUUUCUUUUCUCAAUGUAUUUAACUUCUGUUAUCUCGUUUCUGUUUCUUUACAUGUAUGAAUGCUCUGCUCUUCUGUGAUCUUAAAAAAAAUACAAAAAAAUACAAAAAUUAAAUAAACGUGAAAA